CCUGCCAGGCUCCCCUGUCUGGGUGAGCUGGGGCCGUUCCUGGCUGGGGUGGGGGCAGCCCCCAGCCCUGCAGCUGCUGGGGCAGAUAAAGGGGCCCUGUCCUGCCCCUCCCAGCCUGGGGCAGAUACUGGGGUGGCUCCACAACGAACAUUUCCCAAAAUCUCCCUCCUGGGCUCACCCUGGAGGGAAGCUCUGCUGGGCCGAUGUGUCCAGAGUGAAGCAGCUCCCAGAGCAGGGCAAGGCCUCCCCCGUGGGCACCUCAGCCAUGGAGAGGAAAACGUCCUACGAGGAUGUCUCUGGGGAGCCCAGGGGGGUGCUCAGCACCAUCUCCAGCAGCAGGAGCCCCCUGCAGCCCCCCGAGGAUGAGGAUGGGGAGCCCUUCAGCACCUACUUCGACAGCAAGAUCCCCAUCCCCGAGGAUGAGACGCAUUCCUGCUUCAGCUUCCGCAAGCUGUGGGCGUUCACGGGGCCGGGGUUCCUGAUGAGCAUCGCCUACCUGGACCCCGGCAACAUCGAGUCCGACCUGCAGUCAGGGGCUGUGGCUGGCUUCAAGCUGCUGUGGGUGCUGCUGCUGGCCACCAUCAUCGGGCUGCUGCUGCAGAGGCUGGCGGCGAGGCUGGGCGUGGUCACAGGGCUGCACCUGGCUGAGGUGUGCCACCGCCAGUACCACAAGGUGCCCCGGAUCCUCCUGUGGCUCAUGGUGGAGCUGGCCAUCAUUGGCUCGGACAUGCAGGAGGUGAUCGGCUCCGCCAUCGCCAUCAACCUGCUCUCGGCCGGCAGGAUCCCUCUCUGGGGGGGAGUGCUCAUCACCAUCGCCGACACCUUCGUCUUCCUCUUCCUCGACAAAUACGGCCUGAGGAAGCUGGAGGCGUUUUUUGGGCUGCUGAUCACCAUCAUGGCCCUGACCUUUGGAUAUGAGUACAUCACGGUGAAGCCCAACCAGGAGAAGCUGCUGCAGGGUCUGUUCAUCCCCUACUGCCGGGACUGCGGCACCCCGCAGCUGGAGCAGGCCGUGGGCAUCGUGGGCGCCGUCAUCAUGCCCCACAACAUGUACCUGCACUCUGCCCUGGUCAAGUCCCGGCAGGUGAACCGUGCAGACAAGAGGGAGGUCAGAGAGGCCAACAAGUAUUUCUUCAUCGAGUCCUGCAUCGCGCUCUUCGUCUCCUUCAUCAUCAACAUCUUCGUGGUGACCGUCUUCGCCGAGGCCUUCUUCGACAAGACCAACGCUGACGUGCACCAGGUCUGUGCCAACUCCAGCAGCCCCCACUCCUCGCUCUUCCCCAACAACAACGACACUCUGGAGGUGGACAUCUACAAGGGGGGCGUGGUCCUGGGCUGCUACUUCGGGCCAGCUGCGCUCUACAUCUGGGCCAUCGGCAUCCUGGCGGCCGGGCAGAGCUCCACCAUGACGGGCACCUACUCGGGCCAGUUCGUCAUGGAGGGCUUCCUGAACCUGCGCUGGUCGCGCUUCGCGCGGGUGCUGCUCACGCGCUCCAUCGCCAUCACCCCCACGCUCUUCGUGGCCAUCUUCCAGGACGUGGAGCACCUGACGGGCAUGAACGACUUCCUCAACGUCCUCAUGAGCCUCCAGCUCCCGUUCGCGCUGAUCCCGGUGCUCACCUUCACCAGCCUGCCCAGCAUCAUGCACGACUUCGCCAACGGCCUGUUCUGGCGCGUGGCCGGGGGGCUGCUGAUCCUGCUCAUCUGCUGCAUCAACAUGUACUUCGUGGUGGCCUACGUGAUGGCCCUGCACAGCCUGGCGCUCUACAUCGGCGCCGCCCUGCUCAGCGUCGUCUACCUGGCCUUCGUGGCCUACCUGACCUGGCUGUGCCUCGUGGCCCUGGGCGCCUCCUUCCUGGCCUGCGGCAGCACGGGCCGCCUGGGCUUCGCCGCCCGCCCCGAGCUCUUCCUCCUCGGCCACGUCGAUUCCGAGCCGUCCGUCCCCAGGUGACCCCGGAGCUCGCGGACCCCCAGGACCCCCGGUGUGGGGGGACGGACCCCCCGGACCCCCCCGUGCCCCAAGACCCCCCGGUGUGGGGGGACGGACCCCCGGGACCCCCCCGAGCCCCGAGCGUGCGGCAGGAGCGGAGCGGGGACAGCGGGACCGGGAGGAGGCGCCGGAGCCUGGGGACAGCCGGGCCAGCCUUGGGGACAGCCGGGCCAGCCUUGGGGACAGCUGGGCUAGCCUUGGGGACAGCCGGGCCAGCCUUGGGGACAGCUGGGCUAGCCUUGGGGACAGCCGGGCUAGCCUUGGGGACAGCUGGGCCAGCCUUGGGGACAGCUGGGCUAGCCUUGGGGACACUGGGCCAGCCUUGGGGACAGCCAGGCCAGCCUUGGGGACACCCGGGCCAGUCCUGGGGCCACCCAGACCAGUCCUGGGGACGCCCGGGCCAGUCCUGGGGACACCCGGGCCAGUCCUGGGGACACCCAGACCAGCCUUGGGGACACCCGGGCCAGUCCUGGGGACAUCCAGACCAGCCUUGGGGACAGCCAGGCUGGCCUUGGGGACACCCGGGUCAGUCCUGAGGACACCCGAGCCAGUCCUGGGGACACCCAGACCAGCCUUGGGGACAGCCGGGCUGGCCUUGGGGACACUGAGCCAGUUCUGGGGGUUUUCCCUAAUUGGGGAAUUCUCCAGUUGGGAUUUCCCAGAUUUUCACUCAGGUCACUCCAGAAGGACUUUGCUCCUCGGGGUAUUUUUUCCCUAAUUCGGGAAUAUUCGUUAGGAAUUCCCAAGAAAAUGAAAGCCGGGUUUGAUUCCCAAGAGAAGCCAGGUUUGCUGCCAGGUUUUGGGGACAGAGGCGUUCCCAGCAAUUCCAGCAGUUCUGGGGUUUUCCAGAACCCCAAAUCGCCCCUCAGAGGGCUCCGAGGGCAGCAGCUCCCACAAACCCAGCGGGAUUCCCGCCGGGAAUUUCCUUCUCCACGCUUUUCACAUUGUUUUAGAAAUAAUAAAACUUUGGCUGCCCAGGAA